UAGUGGAGGACGCGAGGAAGGGUCGGCGGGAGCGGUGGCGGGGCGGCUGACGCGGCCUGCGUGGGAUCGAAAUUUAUUACUCCGUUUGGCUGAAUCUUUCCAUUCCCCGCCAGCCUCAGACUUGCAGUUGUCAUGGCGGUCCCAGAACCCCGGUCCAAUCACACCAUCUACAUCAACAACCUUAAUGAGAAAAUCAAGAAAGACGAGCUCAAGAAGUCUCUGUAUGCCAUUUUCUCCCAAUUUGGGCAGAUCCUCGACAUUCUGGUGUCCCGCAACCUGAAAAUGAGAGGCCAGGCCUUUGUCAUUUUCAAAGAGAUAUGCAGCUCCACCAACGCCCUACGCUCCAUGCAGGGGUUCCCAUUUUAUGACAAGCCCAUGAGGAUCCAGUACGCCAAGGUAGAUUCUGACAUCAUAGCCAAGAUGAAGGGCACUUUUGUGGAGCGGGACCGCAAGAGAGAAAAGCGAAAGCCCAAAGGCCAAGAGGCACAAGCAACUAAGAAGCAGAUACCAGGAGCAGCUGCCCCAGUGGGCCCCUCUGUCCAGGGCACCGUGCCGGGCAUGCCCCCCAUGAACCAGGCUCCCUGUGUGAUGCACCACAUGCCAGGGCAGCCCCCUUACAUGCCACCCCCAGGCAUGAUGCCACCACCUGGCAUGGCGCCGGGCUCCAUCCCCCCAGGGGCAAUGCCGCCACAACAGAUGCUGCCAGGACAGAUGGCCACAGCGCAGCAGCUGUCGGAGAAUCCACCUAACCACAUCCUGUUCCUCACCAACCUUCCCGAGGAGACGAAUGAGUUGAUGCUGUCCAUGCUCUUCAAUCAGUUCCCUGGCUUCAAGGAGGUGCGGUUGGUGCCCGGGCGCCAUGACAUUGCCUUUGUUGAAUUCGACAAUGAGGUGCAGGCCGGUGCUGCCCGCGAUGCCCUCCAGGGAUUCAAGAUCACCCAGAACAACGCUAUGAAGAUCUCCUUUGCCAAGAAGUGAGCCCCCCCCCCAGGUGGGGGCAGUUCCUGAACUGUGGGCCUUUUUUUCUAGUUUUUGCCUGUAAAAUGGUUUGUGUUGUUUCUCUAAUGUUGUCUCCUGUGCAAGGUAAGUGUGUGUGGGCGUGAAUGGGUGAGUGAAAGAGAGAAUUCGCAGUUGGAUGAAAGGCAGGCGGAGCUAUCUGUCCGUUGGGUGUGAGUGGCGUCUGAGAGGAAGCGGCCGAUUCCUGGCAAAAGCUUUGUACCCAGAGUCUGACGGCCAGACAUCGCACCUGGAGCUUUUCCUUUUGGCAAUAAACGUGUUCCUUUGUUCU